ACUCGCGACGGGCCUCUCGGGCCCGGUCAUUACAAAACUAUACUGCAGAAAAUCACCCCUUCAACGAAAAUGGACCGGAUUCACGGUAGCUACGUUGAAGGUCACCUACACACUGACCACACGCAUUUCAGGAAUGUACGACCCCCCCCUUUUCUGAGAAAAUUCCGAUUCGGGCUUCUGAGGCCCGAUGCGAGCGCUCGCGAUUGUCAUUUCAGAUUCUGAAUGUGAAGGGAGAGGCUGUAAAAUGUAUCGCUCUUUAACCUAUAAGGAAGAAAUGAAGCGUUUGGAAACCUUAUUAGCUGAAGUUUCAACUGAUGAGGAAUCUAUUAAUGAGGAUGAUGAAGAAACUGUUGACACGCAACAAUAUAGUGAUCAUCAGUCAAGUUCAGAAGAAGAUUUAGAUUCAUCUAGUGAUUUUGAUAUUACCGAAUCCGUUGGGUACUAUAUUGGCAAAGAUAAAGUAACUAAAUGAAAUAAAAAUGAACCAAGACGAAACGUGAGAACUCCAGCUCACAAUAUCGUUACAAAAUUGCCUGGAAAUGUUGGUGUUGCAAGAAACGUAUCCUGCCCUAUCGAGUCAUGGAAGUUGCUUAUCGACGAAAUAAUAACGAGUAUUGUGGAAUGCACAAACAUUUAUAUACAAUCAAUUGCAGGCAAUUUCCAAAGAAAAAGAGAUGCUCGUGAGACAAAUAUGACGGAAAUAAGAGCAUUUAUUGGCCUUCUAUAUUUAGCGGGAAUUCACAAAUCCUCACAUGUAAAUGUCCGUGAUAUUUGGAAUACCGAUGGCACAGGGCUUGAAAUUUUUCAUCGGACUAUGUCAUAUAAUCGCUUUUUAUUCCUAAUGAGAUGUAUAAGAUUCAAUGAUAUUACUGAUCGUUCUUCAAGAAGAGCACAGGAUAAAUUGGCUCCCAUACGAUCUAUUUUUGAAAAAUUUGUUGCAAACUGCCAACAUGUGUACAGUCUCGGGGAGUUUGUCACUAUAGAUGAAAAGUUAGAACCCUUUAGAGGUAAAUGUUCCCUUCGUCAGUAUAUUCCAAGUAAACCUGCCAAGUAUGGAAUUAAAAUAUUCGCUUUGGUUGUUUCUAGGACAUUUUAUACUUGGAAUCUUGAAAUUUAUGCAGGGGCUCAACCAGAAGGUCCAUAUAAAGUAGAAAAUACUCCCGAUAAAAUUGUCAGGAGGUUAUUGGAACCGAUUUACAACUCUGGACGCAAUCUCGCAGUUGACAAUUGGUAUACUAGUUAUUCAUUAGCAAAAGAUCUCCUUCAAAAGAAAAUUACAUUUGAAGGAACUGUCAGAAAAAAUAAAAGAGAACUACCAGAAGAAUUCAUUUCUGGGAAGAAACGAGAAGUGUAUUCCUCUUUAUUUGGAUUUCAGUAGAAUGCGACUCUGGUAUCCUACGUACCGAAAAAAAAUAAAUGUGUGGUACUUUUGUCUACC